AAGAAGGCUUUGUCCAUGCGCGGCUCGCCCCGCCUCUGUGACAUCACGGAAGCCCCACCCCCAACUGCAGGAGACUGCCCUUACCGAAGCAGCGUGCUGGCGUCCCGGAAGCUGCCCCUUCCCCGGGUCAUGAUGGGCAGCAAGAUGGCGUCUGCCAGCCGGGUCGUCCAGCCUUCCAAGGGGAGUAAAUCACCAGAGAUGCUGAUACAUCCAGGUCCACCAGACACUGCAGAAAUACUAAAAACACUACCUCAGAAAUACAGAAGGAAACUAAUAUCUCAAGAGGAAAUGGAGUUUAUCCAACGUGGAGGUCCAGAAUGAUUGUGGCUGCUGCUUGUCAUCAGACAAAAGAAUUAUCUUUAUAGUGAAGGACUUACAGAAUGACAUGAAAAGCUGUAUAUUAAACAACCUUAAUAAAUAUUCUGCAAAAAGAAAAAAAAAUACAGAAAAUUUAGAUGGAUAUUUGGAUCUUCUAAUUUAUGAACCUUGGUCAGCUUCUCCACAAGCUUACCUAAUUGUUUAUAUACUUUACACUUAUUAAAGUAUACAUUUGAAA